AAACGCUAGCCAUUUGCCAAACCAACUAGCGGACUUCCAAGUUCCACGCGAGUUAGCUCCCCUUUUUAGGGGCGGAGUUAGUGAUUCCGCAGUUUCCACGAUUCACCAGUAGCAGCCAACCCAGUAGUUCACUGUUGACGUGGUCAGUAGAGUAGAAUCACUGAAGCAGUCAAGGUUCGUUAUAUUUCGUGCAACGGGGUUUUAAGGUUAGUAAAAUUGAUAAGUACUCAAAGUAGUGAUUGGUGAGCAAGCAUUGAAAACCAAUUAAACUAUCAAAUUUUUCUCUUACGUGUAGUAGCCUUUAUAUGUUUUAUAGUUGCUGACUGGGUCGUUGAACACGUGGUGGAUACAGUCAUGGCAUCGUCUGUUGAAGUGCGAGAAGUUCGCAAUGGAUUUUUCCGCGUUCGCUUUAUAUUUGAUGACUCAACUACAACGAAGGAUGAAGAUGGCUUCUUUCACAUAGCAUUUCAACUUUGUGGAUCUCAAUCAAGCCGAAAAUUCUUCUUCUGUUACAAAUUCUUUUUCAUCAAAACUAAUUCCGAGCCCAACAUAGCAACAACUGCUAUUUAUGUCAGAGAGAUCCCUUCCAAUGAAAAUAGUGAACACGAUAAUGAUAGUGAAUCGAGUGAAGUGAACUCAUCAAAGCGUCAAAAGCUGGAUUCCAGUGUGUCGGAAACAGGCUUUAAUAGUCCUCACCACAUGUGGAUCGAUUACAACAACACUUUGGAAGAAACAAUUCUUUUCAAGAAAAGUCAGGGCGUUUGGUUUCGUAUGUUCCCUUUACCCUCUAACGUAAAAAGAUAUGACACUAUCACGUUAUCGAUGGAUUUCGGGAACAUUUCCGGUGGACUAGCCAAGUUGUUUCUAUCUCAACAGUUAUGUGACGUCGAAUUCAAAUUCAAAUGUGGACAGUCAAUUGGUGCCCACGUUGCAAUUUUAUCUGCUGGCAGCCCUGUGUUCUCAGUCAUGUUCUCUUCGGGAUUCUUGGAAUCGACAAUGAGAAAAGUGGCUAUCGACGAUAUUGAAAUUGACAUCUUUAAACAGCUGCUUCACUAUUUGUAUUCUGGAGGUAGUCCCGAACUAAAGGUCGGUUUGAUGGAGAACAUCAUUCAUUAUCAACAUCUUUUUGCGGCUGCCGAUAAGUAUGACGUCGAGGCUCUAAAAACAGUGUGUGUAGGUGUAAUGGUAAUCCUGCACAAGACAUUCGAAAGUGCCACUAGUAACCUAAUAUUUUCUCAGUUACACUCGAUCCCGAAACUGUUUGAAGAUUCCAUGGAUUAUUUUGUUAAACAUAGCCGCAAGGUUUGUUAUCAGCCGGAGUGGUUAGAUUUCAUGAAGGCUCACCCUGAAUUGUGCAUGCUGGUUACCCAACGUAUCGCCGGACCGCGCAUUUAAUCUGAUUUCAAACAACACCAAGACCUAUUGAACAAUUAAAUCGUGAGUUUCUUUGGAACCCAGGACUAUGGAAUUGUAUUCGUUUGAUUAUACUGGUAAUGGAAACCGUUUUCAGUUUGUUUAUGAUAAUUUUAAAUGGUCUGAUGUAAACAAGCAACGUCGUGGUAAAAUUUCUUCAAGUGAUGAGAAAUUCUAUCAAAAUGAGAAUUUUCAGUACCAAGGAAAGUUGUCCUCUUUUUAUUUAUCCUGACGGUCAGCACAGGUGUAAACAAUGAGAAUUACAAGAGAAUGAAAGAUCAACUUUACUUUUUGA